UGUCUGUUGGUCGCGACAAUUACACUUCCUGGUUCGAUCCCCUUAGAUUAUUAGUGGCGUUGCCGCCUCUACAAAUACUAUAGAGAAAUCGAUAUUAUAGUCAACUGUUAACAUUUACAAAAUUGCACCCGUCGAGUAUAAACCACAAAUUAUGUGGAUAAUGAGCGAUGACCUCAAACUACUAUUUUUAUUAGUAAUCUAGUCUUACAGUAGUAGAGGAUGUGACUGUCGACUGUUCAACGAAGUUGAGUCUUGACUAUGAAAAGCUUUGUGCGUCUGCUAUGCUUUUACUUGUUUUAAAUAGCUUUUGCGCCAUGGACACCGAGGGAAUUGUGAUCCGAAUUAAAACACCCGCCGGGGAUAUGGAUUCGUCUGUAGACUCUCCGUCACUGCUGGGCUUUAAUGACUUGUUGGUCGCAAUUAAGGAGGUUAUGCCUGAAGCGACUAUCACGGCAUUUGAGUGUGUCGCACGUGACUCAGCCGCUCCAGAGUGGAACUGUCAUGCCAGUUUUGAUCCGGGCUGCAAAAAUGAUCCGGAUGAGGAUGAGGUAGGUGACAGAAUCACGGUGAGGAGUGACGAAGAGCUGAAAGCCAUGCUGUCAUAUUACUACAGCACAGUGAUGGAGCAACGCAUGAACGGGCAUCUGCCUGAGCCACUCCACAUCUUCCCCAGAGAUGACUUUCUGGCCGCCUUUGAAGGAAAGGUGGCUACAAUCCGGAACUCCUUCACCCAUCCAGUGAGCCCCCCAACCCCCCAGGACAACCCCACAGCCACACUGACCUCCUUUGAAAUGCUGGAGGACUCCGAUGUAUUACAACUCAUCACCUCUCAUCGCGCAACCACCUGUCCACUUGACCCCAUCCCAUCUAAAUUUCUCCAAUCUAUCUCCAGCGAGCUCCUUCCCUAUCUGUCUUCCAUUGUUAAUUCCUCUCUCUCCUCUGGUCAUGUUCCCUCUGUUUUUAAGACGGCUCGUGUUACCCCACUACUCAAAAAACCCACCUUAGACCCCUCCGAUGUAGCAAAUUAUCGACCCGUAUCCCUUCUACCCUUUCUGUCCAAAACCCUCGAACGAGCAGUUCUUAAACAAUUAACCUCUUUUCUCCAUCAGAACAACCUGCUAGACCCUCACCAGUCUGGCUUCCGAUCUGGGCACUCAACAGAGACUGCACUCCUAGCUGUGACGGAGGCACUUGCCACUGCAAGAGCCUCACGCCUUUCCUCUGUCCUGAUCCUUCUUGACCUGUCUGCAGCUUUUGACACGGUCAACCAUAAAAUACUCCUCUCCACCUUGGCUGGGAUGGGAAUUGCCGGGACUGCCCUGUCUUGGUUCGCUUCCUAUCUUGCAGAUAGGACCUACCAGGUCACCUGGAAGGGGUCUGCCUCUGCUUCCCAUCCACUUGUUACGGGAGUGCCGCAGGGAUCUGUACUGGGUCCUCUGCUGUUCUCCUUAUACACCAGAUCUCUUGGUUCAGUCAUUAAUUCACAUGGUUUUUCCUAUCAUUGUUAUGCAGAUGACACACAACUCUUCUUUUCUUUCCCCCCCUCGGCCACACUGGUCAAUGAUAAGAUCUCUUCCUGCCUGGCUGACAUCUCCACCUGGAUGGCCAGCCACCACCUGAAGCUCAACCUCAACAAAACUGAGCUGCUCUUCUUCCCGCACAAGACCUCCUUGCUUCGUGAACUCUCAAUCACGGUUGAUGGCACCACAGUGACUGCCUCUCACUCUGCCAAGAGCUUGGGGGUGGUCCUGGAUGACCAACUGGACCUCAAGGAGCACAUCAAGGCAACAUCAAGGUCCUGCAGAUUCCUCCUAUACAACAUCAGGAGGAUUCGACCAUACCUGACGACGCACUCCACCCAGCUGCUCGUCCAGGCUACGGUGACCUCUCGCCUUGAUUACUGCAACUCUCUCCUUGCAAACCUGCCAGCUUGUGCCAUACAGCCACUACAGAUGAUUCAGAAUGCCGCUGCCCGGCUCAUCUACAACCUCCCCAAAUUCUCCCACGUCACUCCUCUGCUGCGAUCACUUCACUGGCUACCGGUCGCUGCCAGGAUCCGGUUCAAAGCCCUGACCCUUGCCUACACUGCCGCCAACAGGACAGCCCCCAUCUACUUGCAGGACAUGACUCAAUUCUAUGUGCCUGCUCGACCACUCCGCUCUGCAGCAGCAGGGCGUCUUGUAACCCCUCCCACCCGCCCAAAGGGAUCACAGAGCUUCUCCACCCUAGCUCCCCAGUGGUGGAACGAACUCCCCGUCCCUCUCCGAACCUCCCCCUCACUAUCCAUCUUCCGCCGUGGCCUGAAGACUCAUCUCUUCAGACUAUACCUAGAAUAACCACCACCAUGCUGUGUAUAUAUAUAUAUAUAUAUAUAUAUAUAUAUUAAAAAAAAAAAAAAAACCCUUUUCCUUGUCACUUGUUACAUGUUGCCCCAUCCCUGCACUUCUUGGUAAAUUGUAUUUGUCCUAAUACUCUAGCUUAAUCUUCUGCCUACUUUGGCUUUGCAGAUGUUAGACCAGGAUAGUGUUCAUUGUUCUCAGCUAGAAAUAGCUGUACAAAAUAAGUAAUUGUACCUUACUGAACCCGUGUUCAGCAGUUGUCUACGAUCAUGAAAAUGCACUUCUUGUACGUCGCUUUGGAUAAAAGCGUCUGCCAAAUGAAUGUAAUGUAAUGUAAUAGCGUAGUUUGUUAGUUUAUAGUUAGUCAUGGUUUGUGUCGGCUGUUAAUUAGUUUAUUUAUAGAGUGUUUCAGUGAAGACGUCUUUUUGUACACCAACUCGGACGUUUCUUCUGCCAUGGGUUCCCUCGGCAGAUUGCCAAUGCAUUUUUCCAAUAGGGAUUUAGUUUUCUUCCGAAAAUAAGACCUAUGGUUAAUUUAUGCCUAAAACAGUUUCACGUUUUGUCUUACGAGUUCUAUGGGUUCGCCGCUCACUCACGCUUAGCGUUCGACGCUCAGCGUGCAUGCGAGCUAGUAAAACAAGAGUGGUUAUUGCAAAAAUGUGACCGCUCUUGUAGUUUCAAUAUAGAAACUUAGCCUACUUUUCAAAAGCACAUGACAGCUUAGAAAUCCACGGUUGACAAACAAUCGUGAAGCUCAUUUAGGCUUACGUUCACCACAAACCUUACUUUCGGCAGAAAACUAAAUCCCCACGGGAGAAAUCUGAUGAGAACCCAAUGCCAACUUACUUCCGGGUUUUAGGACUACAAACUGUAACACUAUUGCAAAAACAAUCUAAAAUAAAGAAACCACUACAAUACAGCAUGAUAAAAAUAUAUUUGAAUCAUAGCGUAGUUUGUUAGUUUAUAGUUAGUCAUGGUUUGUGUCGGCUGUUAAUUAGUUUAUUUAUAGAGUGUUUCAGUGAAGACGUCUUUUUGUACACCAACUCGGACGUUUCUUCUGCCAUCGGUUCCCUCGGCAAAUUUCCUAUGCAUUUAUCCCAGACGGAUUACGUUUAUUUAGUGCACUUGUUAUCAGUGGACUUUCUGUGAGUUCUGAUCAAGCAUACCUUGCUCGUUGAUGUAUACACACACACACACACACACACACACAAAAUAUGCUAAAAAAAUUAUAGCUGUAUCAUAUCCAGAGACCUAUUUUCUGUGAGGUAAAAAUGUGACGUGACACAUUUGGCUUUUGAGGGACCAGGAAAUAGGGGACAUUCGUUUCAGGGAGUAAAGGUUUUGGGGGGAAAAAAUCAUUGUGGAAGCACGCGAGUGGUGACACGAUGUCCGGUUAGGCUAGGCUUUGCAGUUGCUAUUAUGUAUAACUCCACAAUUUUUUAAAAACAUAGUAUUAACCUUUAGGCUACUUGAGAGAACAAUAAAUGUAACUAUUACAUAGCCUACAAUCAAAAAUGAUUUCUCAAAUGUGAAGUGUCUUGUGAUGUGUUCGUGUGGUGUAUGCUGUUAUUCCGUUGAGUAAACUAGUAAUAAAAAUCUUUUUUUAAAAACAGUAAACUAAAUAGAAAAAAAGAAUAAAAAUGUAGAAAAAAGUAUAAGCAAGAGCGAGAGAUUGUUGCGUAACUAAAAGUAAUACAAGGCAUACUUUGUAGCGUAACGAAUUACGGCUAAGCAAAAUACUUGUAUUAUUUUUUAGUAGGCUAACAUAACAUAAUAAUAUUAUGUGCCGGACAAAUAGAACAUUUUACCUCUCCCUGGAGAGAUAUCAACUUUCAAACAUUCACACGUGGCAUAAGUGAACCAUUCUCAAGUGGGACAUUCACAUGUCAAUCUAAGGGUAAGGGUAAGACCACUGAUCUGUAUGGGACAUUCAACGCUCACCCCUCCCCCACCCGAGAACACAGAAAACUUCAGAUGCUUUAGCGAAGCAUGGCACAGCAUGGUUAUGCUGACCGUAAUUUUUCUUACUUACUUAGAAACGAAAGCACAUAUUCAUGCAUGCACGUAUAAAGAUGAGACGGCAUCUUGAGCAAUGUGCUAUCGACCGAACUUGCAAUGUCAAAUCACAUGAUGGCAAAGGCAGCUAAGCUUACAAACUCCGCGGCAUAUAGGCGACCAGCAGCUCUUUAGUUUGUUGGUCAGUUGGUCCACAAAAGUGUCCUCCUGUGGAUGCAUGCGCGGUCGCAGCUAUUUGGGCUUGUUAUUACUGAUGUUUUAUGUUUACUAUUAACAUUGAGCCUACUAAUGUUUUAUAUUGAUUUUCUUGUUUAUUGAUUUGAUAUCAAUAAAUACAUUUGCUUAUCCAUAGAUUGAAUGGAAAUUUUUAAAUAUUGUUUUCACAGUUGAAAAUGUAGGUUUUGAAAAUAUAAGUUAGGUCUAUUGAGGUGAAGUCUCCAAUCGCCAUCACUGGUGUCGUGAAGAGGAAGAAAAUCACACCCCUCUGCGAAGCUGAACAUUCACACCUACUGGGUUUGACUCGGGGCCAUAGAGAAAAAACUAUCAGCUCUGGUUUCGCUAAAGGCAUCUAAAGAAUUCAGUAUUCUGGUGCUGGGGGAGGGGUGAGGGACGAUUCAAUGGAUGAGCGUGAACGAUCGUGCGUGAAUAGCUGGUAGUUUUUUUGAAGCUAUUAUCAUGAGUAGGCCUUUUAGGCCUACUGAGUAGUAAAACGAUAAAUGCCCAAAACAAAGAUACAAGUGUCACAUUUUUACUUGUUUUUUAAGUUUUACUUAUUUCUAGUCAUAAUAGGUUCGGACCUUGUUUCAUAUUCAAAAAUUAGAGCCUUGUACGUUAGGAACUGUGUUAGAAGACUGCUCACGCUGUCUGCGUAGAUGCAACAGCACAUGCAUAAACUAUCGGGAUGCGUUGCGUGGGAAUAUAGGCGUCUCUGUGCUUUACCAUGUCCACGCAACCAUUGAUAGGGUUUAUGGAGUUUAUGAAACUAAUUGCCCACAUAAUUACUAUUCCACUUUCAGCAAUACAUUUACAGUUACCAAUCGGGAGAAACAGGUCGCUACCACUAAUGUUACUAAUGAUCGGCACAUGUAAUGAACAAUUUUCUUACACUAUCAUAGGAUUGACAGCCCAAGCAAGAAUCACGUCAAAUAACCAGGAAUAAAUGUAUCAUUAUUUAUAUUCUUUUAAAAUAUUUAAAAUAUUGCGAUCGUUUCGUUAUCAUCUCUCUAAAAUGUCUGUGAAUUUCGUUUGUAUUCCUACACAAACGAAAAUCAUAGUCCUACAUAGUUAUGCAAGUGGAAAAAUUUAUAUAAGGGUUAAAAUGAAAUGCAUCCAUGUUAAAAUACCACAAUUUCUUCACAUCGAUUGCCCUGGCGAACAAUCUACACGCAAAAAAAAACUACAUUGGUGGGUACCAUGAACAAAAAGAGGAGAGAAGUGCCCCCUUCUGCGAAGGCCCAAAAUCAAGAGAGAUUUUCCACCACGAUCUGGAGAGCUGGACACGCUACACUUACGGUUUAUCAGUGCAAGCCCAAGAAAAAUGUGUGCAUUUUGAGCACUAUGCACAAAACCGUAUCGAUCGACAAUGAUGCCAAAAAACUGCCAGAAACCAUCGCCCAUUACAACGCAACAAAAAUGGGAGUGGAUGUUUUGGACCAGAUGGCACGGCUGUAUUCGGUCAAGGGGGGCAGUCGUCGUUGGCCAGUUUUUACAACAUUUUGGAUCUGGCUGCAAUCAACGCCCAUGUUUUGUACACGCAAUGCAUGAACAAAACAAUUAGUCGGAGAAGAUUUAUUCUUGAGUUGGCCAAGGAGUUGCGUGCAAAUCACAUGACCGCAAAGGCAGCUCCGCGGCGUACCGUCCUAGCGCCCCUCUGCAGUCCAGAAACCCCCAACACACCACAGCGAGAGCGGUCACUAAAAAGAAAACGCUGCCAGGUAUCCAGAUGUGGAGGGAACAAAACUUGUGAUAUCUGUGACAAGUGUAAACGACUUGUCUGCGGCAAAUGUACAAAAAUGCAACCCAAGCUCUGUCUUGAAUGCUGACGGCGUUACCGCAUUACCAGCAGCUCUAUUGCUAAUGUUUUAUAUAGAUUUUUUAUUUAUUGAUUUGCGGGGUGAUUCUAAAUAAUUCAACUUGCUAGCUAUAUAUUUAGCUAACGUUAUAUUUUCAAAAUCGUUUCAACUUCCUAACAAUGUGCUGUAUGCUUUUUGAUCUAAUAAAGCAAAUUACUGAA